AUGGAUCUCAUGGCCUCCCGCUUCAACCACAAGGUAGAAAACUCAGUUGCGAGGUCCAAGAAUCCUCUGGCUCGGGUGUCGGAUGCCCUUGAGAGCCUGUGGACGCAGUUCACGUUUCCUUACGUAUUUCCUCCUCUUCCGCUCAUUCCGCGUCUUCUCCGGAAAAUCAGGUCCGAAAGUCUGACCGUCAUUUUCGUGGCCUCGGACUGGCGACGCAGAUCGGGCAUGGACUUGGGGCUGGCUCUCAGUUCCCUCAAAGGCCAAGUUUCAGCCCUUUCCAUUCUUUUUCAGCGGAACUUGGCUUCGCUUUCUACGGUUCUGACCUUUCUGCACGGGGUGGCGCACGCUACGCCCCCUUACUGUCCUCCGUUGAAUCCUUGGGACCUUAAUAUGGUGCUCAGUGCUCUCCAGUCCUCUCCGUUUGAGCCUUUGCAGCAGGUGUCUCUUCGCUUCCUGUCCUACAAGGAGGCCUUUUUGGUGGCAUCCAGCGCCCAGAUACAGGCUGAUGGACCAGCUUGUGGUGCUGUCUUCCCAUCACGGAGUGGCAGAUGGAAACGUUACACUAUAAAUCCACUGGGAUACAAGUGGGAUCAUCUGAACCUGACAUACAGGCUUGUCCAGUAUCCCAAUACUUUAAACAAAGGUGACACAGAUAAAGCAUUAGAGAUUGCCUUCAGCAUGUGGAGUGAGGUUUCGCCUCUAACCUUUCAACGUGUGCUCCCUAAACACAAGUCGGACCUAAGCAUUGGCUUUUAUUCCUAUAAUCACAGUGACUGUUGGGAAUCCCCAUUGCACCCCUGCUUCGAUGGUCUGAAUGGAGAACUAGCUCAUGCUUUUUUGCCACCAAGAGGAGAGAUUCAUUUUGACAACCACGAGUUCUGGAUACUUGGACCUUCACGAUUCAGCUGGAAGCAGGGCGUGUGGUAUAAUGAUCUGGUCCAGGUGGCAGCGCAUGAGAUUGGUCAUGCUCUUGGCUUAUGGCACUCUAGUGAUGUCUAUGCACUGAUGCAUCCUAAUGCUACAUACACGCGGACCCGGCACUUGGCACAAGAUGAUAUUUUGGCAAUACAGCAUCUCUAUGGCUGCCCAGCUUCAGGAUCCAGCUGUGAGACACUGAAAGACCAGCAAAGUUGUGCUUUACAGAGUCCAUGUUACCAAAAGUGUAGCAGCUGUAAGAAGGUGUCUGAAAAAGGUCCCAAAUCAUACAAAGUCAAGGUGAAGACAUUUUAUGCUUCCAAGGGUGAGAGUGUCACACUCAACUGUACCCACAGUGCAUCACAACCGCGCCAGAGAGUCAGUUGGUACAAGGAUGGCAGCCGUCUAAAUCUGUCUGCUCCAGAAGUAGCUAAGAAGUCGUCAAGUAGUUUAAUUAUCCAAGCACAAGUAUUUACCCAAGGACGUUACACAUGUGUAAUACGCCAUGGAAUUGUGACCAUUGGAGGAAGGUCCUGGAAUCUCCGUGUUAUCUAGUAUUUCCAAAAUCCCACCAUGAAGAUCAUAAGAGUACAUUCACAUGAUGUGUGGCGGCUGUUAAACGGCCAUCAGACGGUUUUCAUGGACUGACAGUAGGGGCGAAUUAUAAUGAGGGCAAAAUGGGUGAUUGCAUAGUCCCAUGAACUUUA